UCCAAAUUCUCGCAAACUUAGCCUCGAAAAAUGAUGUCGGUUAAGAAGAAGAACUCAGACAUCCCGUAUUUUUAAUCAAAGAGGUUUCAGCAUGGAUUCAUCAGGUAGAUAUAAUUAUAUCUUAUGGAAAGGAUAGUGAGGGUUAAGCAAAUCAUGACACACACUUGCUUCCACAUCAACAAAAUUAAUGGCGGCUUCCAAAAUUAUUACAGGAAUUGUACAACAAAAUAUACAUUUUGAAUUCUUAUUGUAAAUUUAUUUGCUUCACUUCAAAUUCAAGAGAAACGUGAUGGGAAAAUAAAAACAGAAUAUUAAUGAAUUUGAGCCAUGGAAGUCGCAAGAAGGUGCAGGGCUUGACGGCAACAAAAUCGAAAAUAUCAGUAGCUUUUAGCCGCGGAAUUUCCCCUGCCUGAACUUGCGAAACGGAUAAGAUUGGGCGCCGAGGUAAAUUUAGAUUCAAAUGCAGUGUUGAACUUAGAAAGAAAUCUGAAUAAGGAUCAAGAAAACCCUAAUAAAAAUAUUUGUAAAUUUUGAAUGGUGAAAGCGCAAAAGAAAGCGGAGCUCAGAGCAAGGAGGCUGAUAAGUGUACCAAGCCCCAGAGGAACUUCAGUGCGGCCGGGCCAUUGGGAAAAAUUAAUGGAGCAGAAAAUUCAGCCGUUCAAAUCUAAGGUUUCAGGAUUAAAUCAUAUGUAUCAAGAAGGGGCGCUGAACGAUGAGGCUAGCUUCAAUGUGGCCAAUUGGGUAAAAUUUAGGGAGCUGAAAAUUCAGCCGUUAAAAUCUAAGAUUACAGGAUUAAAUCAUAUGUACAAUGGACGGGUGCUGAAAGAUGAGGCUAGCUUUAAUGUGGCUCAUUGGAAAAAAUCUAUGAAGCAGAAAAUUCAGCCAUUUAAAUCUAAGGUUCCAGGAUUAAAUCAUAUGUACAGUGAAGGAGUACUGAAAGAUGAGGCUAGCUUUAAUGUGGCCCAUUUGGAAAAAUUAAUGGAGCAGAAAAUUCAGCCGUUUAAAUCUAGGGUUUCAGAAUUAGAUCACAUUUACUAUAAAGGGAUGCUGAACGAUGAGGCUAGAAGCCUUCGUAGCCAUUUUGGGGAUCCUCAAAUUGAUCAUGGCAGAGGGCCAAAAGAUGAUUUGGUCUGUGGCAUGGCCUGUGGAUUCAAUGCAGAGGAUUUUUCUAAUGUAUUGGAAUUGAGUGGAAUGGAAGCUGGGGAUACUUGUGAAAUAGGCAGUGUUGGCAAUCAGAAUGGAGAAUUGGCAAACAGAACAGAGCAAUUUUCGGUGCCCUGCAGUGUAAUAGAAUCUGGCAAGGAUCCCCAGCUGACCAGGGUUUUGGGCCAGUACCUAGACACAACAUUAUUGACAGAUAUAUGGGGUUAAAAGAAGAUGGUCGAAUUUGCAGUGCAUAGAAGAUGGAAGUUUGAAGCUGUUUUAUGGUUAUAAAUGGCUUGAAUAUGUUGGUUUUGGAAGUUGUGGCCCUUUCGUUUUAACAUGUAAUACAGAAUAGAAGACUCUCCAAAUAUACUCCAAAUUUUAUAUGAGUUUCUAAAGAAGAUGGUCGAAUUUGCAGUGCAUAGAAGAUGGAAGUUUGAAGCUGUUUUAUGGUUAUAAAUGGCUUGAAUAUGUUGGUUUUGGAAGUUGUGGCCCUUUCGUUUUAACAUGUAAUACAGAAUAGAAGACUCUCCAAAUAUACUCCAAAUUUUAUAUGAGUUUCUCCUGAAUGUUAAAAAGUAGUUAGGUUUUAUA